AUGGCGCCCUCCAAGCGGCGCAAGACGUCCGCCGCACCGGAGCCAGCAUCCGGAAACGCCACCCAAGGUGUGCGAACCCGGCGUUCCGCGAGCGCACGGGGCGACCUGCCCGACGCCCCCGACGCAGAUGUGGACGCAGAGCCCGAGGUGCUCUUGUGCCCCAUCACGCGAACCAUGUACCGCGACCCGGUGAUGGUGUUAGGGUUUAGGGUUUAG